UUGAAUAACAUUGUGAAAUGAGCCUCCGUCUACCAGCCCGAAAGCUGUGUCUACCCUCAUCACGCCCACUGUUGACAUUACCAAGCACAAGACUUGCUCCAUUCAGUCAUGGCACGGUGAAACGAGAAGAAAAGGCCGAAGACCCUCGCCUCAAGGAUGAAGUUGGUGAUUUGGUCAUAGAAGAUCAAUAUGCUAUUCUCCGCGAGAAGUAUGAUACGCCAAAGAACCCAAUCAUUCUGGCCCACGGACUCAUGGGAUUCGAAGAACUGAACAUAAUCCCAAAGGCCGUCUUACCUGGCAUACAGUACUGGAGAGGUAUUCGUGAGGCACUGGCGGCGAAAGGUAUUGAAGUCAUUACUGCCACUGUACCGGCAUCUGGAUCCAUCGAAGCACGAGCGCAAAAGUUGAGCGAGGACAUUCACAAAAAAGCCAAGGGCAAGAGUGUGAACAUUAUUGCACACAGCAUGAGCGGUCUGGACUCUCGCUACAUGAUCAGUCAACUCAAACCAGCAAACGUCAAAGUGCUAUCUCUGACAACAAUCGCAACACCUCACCGAGGCUCCUCAUUUGCAGAUGUCAUGUUCUCCUGGAUCGGCCCAACCAACAUACCCAAACUCUACACCAUGCUCGAAUUCUUCGGCUUCGAAACCGGCGCCUUUUCCCAACUGACCCAAUCCUACAUGUCGCAAACCUUCAACCCAAAAACCCCCGACCGCGAAGGAAUAUCCUACUAUUCCUACGGCGCCACUGUAAACCCUCGCUUCUGGAGUAUGUUUCGCCAAUCGCAUAGGAUCAUUCAGAAAUUGGAGGGGGAGAAUGAUGGAUUGGUUAGUGUGGAAAGUGCAAAGUGGGGGACGUACAAGGGUACUUUGAAGGAUGUCAGUCAUUUGGAUAUGAUCAAUUGGACGAAUAGAUUACGCUGGUUUUUGUGGGAGUUGACGGGGAACAAGAGGAAUUUCAACGCUAUCGCGUUCUAUCUCGAUAUCGCUGAUAUGUUGGCGAAGGAAGGACACUAAACAUCUUCCCACAAACGCGGCUCGGAUGACAGUUCGACAUAGCACCAGAAGAAUUGCACAGAGAGCAAUGCACCGAUCGAUACAAAUCCCCACUGAAAACAUCAUCAAUUCAUCAACACAUAUUCAAACAUAGUUAUCGCGGAC